AUGGAGCUGCUGAUGGUCAGAGGGGGCUCACCACCAACAAUGAUGGUUUACGACUGGAAACAGGAAACAGACGCUGAAUCCUGGGCUGAUCUGCACAAACUCUCCACUUCAGCUGAGGAGAAAGACUUUGACUUCAGACCUGGAUUAAUGGCGUCUUUUCUGGACUCCCUAAGGACAGGAAGGAAGGAGUCUGACCUCACACUGGAAGCCCUGGACGCCUGUUCCUCUUUGAAGGGGGGGAUCAGGCCUCUGUCUUCAUCCCCUCCAUCCCUACCACUACCUUCUCCACCUCUAGAAGCAUUCAAUGAGGAGGGGCAGGGUGGGGGGAAUGACUUAGCGCUUAGCGGCUGCUCUAGUCCCUCCAAGCCUCUGGAUGACGACCUGAAGCGGAACCUAGAGACGCUGCCAUCUUUCUCCUCAGAUGAGGAGGACUCUGUUAGUAAAAACCAGGACUUGCAGAAAAGUAUCUCAUCCGCCAUAUCGGCUCUCUACGACACCCCGCAUGCAUUGGCUGCUGUGAUGGCCUCCACCAUCAUCAAGACCCCGCCUAGCCCCUCACCCCCGACACCCCAGGAGCCGUCUCUCAGCCCCCCUCUGUCCGCCCUGCCUCCUCUCACUCCCACUGUGGGGAACAUGAAUAAUCAGACUCUGACGCAAAGCCAGGAUGACGUACAGGGCGAGGAGCAGGAUUUGAUCACCCCACCGCCAAGCAGACUAAAAACCGAGGAGGGAGAUCACGAACAACAAGGUGAAGAAGAAGAGGAGGAGGAGCAAACUGAGAAUAAAGAGAUAAUGAAAGAGACAGGAGACCAUGACAGCCAAGAAGAGGAGAAACUGACUGAAAGUUUGGAUGCUCCGAAAGCUGAAGAUCCUCCAUCAGAACCAGUGCUCGCCCCCACAUCCCCAUCUCAGCCCCUCUCGGUCUCAGCCUCACCCCUCACCUAUUCCACAGCCUCAUCCCUCCCCUCCUUAAGCUUGUUCACCACCUCAUCGCUGCCCAUCCAGCAGGGCGAGGAUGAAGCCAACCGUAAAUACUGGACUGCGGAGGCCCAGCCGUUAUCAUAUCACCAGGCUUCCACUGCAGGCACCUCCCCACCGCCCUCCACCUCCCCCCCAGCCAUCCUAUCAUCCCCGCUCUCCAGCCUCCCCCGCUCCAUUCCACCUCCUUCCACCACACCGCCCCCUUCGUCCUCUGAUCAGGACCAGGAUUUGGAAGCUGGGGUGCCUUCUUCACCGUCUGCUUCCUCGUCUUCCUCCGAGCCACCGUCACCUCCGACCCCAGAGGAGACCUCGCAGCGCCUCACCUCUCUGCACCUGGCAAAGAAGCAGGCUGACGCCGCCAUUGCUGGGGAGAGCGAAGAGGAGGACAGUGAAAGUGGAGGAGAGGGAAUCUUUCGUGAGCGAGAUGAAUUUGUGGUUCGAACUGAAGAUAUCGGGACUCUUAAGAUGGCUUUGCAGACCGGCCGGGAACCACCACCCAUCUGGAGAGUGCAGAAAGCUUUGCUCCAGAAAUUCAGCCCAGAGAUUAAAGAUGGACAAAGACAGUUCUGCGCAACCAGCAAUUACCUUGGCUACUUUGGAGAUGCCAAAAUGUGCUACCAGCGUCUAUACGUGAAGUUCCUGGAGAACGUCAACAAGAAGGACUACGUGCGCGUGUGUUCUCGGAAGCCAUGGCAUCGAACUGCUCUGGCACUAAGACGGCAGUCUCUGGCCAAACAGCUGCUGAGCAGCCACAGUCAGCCCCGAGCGGAGAGAGAAGACAGAGACAAGGAGAGACAGAAAGAACGAGACCUGAAGGAGCAGAGAGCCAGAGAGAGGAGAGAGGAGAGGGAGAAACAGGAGAGGGAGCACAAAGAAAAAAUUAUUAGAGAACGAGAACGGAGGGAGAGCAGUGAAAAGGAGAGAGAGAAUGAGCAGAAAGAGAGAGAGAGGAGAGAAGCAGAGGAGAAGGACAGACAGAGAGAGCAAGAGAAACGAGAACAAGAGUGGAGAGAAAGACGGAGAAGAGAGAGAGAGCAGCAGGAGUUUGAACGGAAAGAGAGAAGGACAGAAUUCCUCCAACAGGAGAGGCAAAGAGAAAAGAAGCAGAGGGAGCAGAAAGAAAGGGAGCAAAGAGAUGCUGAAAGAGAAAAGAGACGGGGACAGGAUGGCAGCCUGGGAAGUCCAAAAGAAGAGAGGACUUCAAAAGACAGAGCUGAGCCUCCACCAAAGAAGAGGAAGACGUGGCUGAAGGAGGUACCGUCCUCCUCCUCCGAGUCUGACUCCUCCCGGCACAGUGACGAUGAAGGCCCCGUACAAGAAGGCGUGAACAGCCGCGACAUGAGGGAGAUGUUCAGGAGCUACGUGGAAAUGCUGGUGAGCACAGCACUCGACCCUGACAUGAUCCAAGCUUUGGAGGACACCGAUGAUGAGCUCUACCUUCCCCCCAUGAGGAAGAUCGACAGCUUGCUGAAAGACCAGAAGGAGAUGCUGUUAAGAAGAAUCAGCAUGAGCGCACAGCAUCAGGAGGCUCUGCACACCUAUCCCAACAUGACAGCUGACCCUCUGGAGUCUGGAGCAGUGCGGGUCCAUCUGGGCGGGGAGGAUUACAGCCGUAAGACCCUCAGUCGGGUCAAGAAGAGUGUUGCUAAGCAACAGGAUAUGAAGCUCUCCAUGGAAACCUGCCGGAUCUACAGCCUGUACCAUUCUCUGCACCACUACAAGUAUCACACCUUCCUGCACUGCAAGAGGGAGGCGGGGAACGUGGAGCAGGCGGCGGAGGACCCGGGCCAGGAGGAGGUGGUGCAGCAAUGUAUGGCCAACCAGGCCUGGCUGGAGGACCUGUUCAGCUCCUUCGUGGAGCUGCUCAGCCUUAGUGCAAAGGCCUGAAGGAGGAGGAGGAGGACCCAGACUGGAUGAGUUCUAUGACAGCUCACCACGCAAACAACCAGAGAACAUCAGUUAUCUAUGACUUUUCUAGAUGGAAUGUGUUUUUAUGAGGAACGUUUCCUAAGAACCUCUUGAUUCUAAAGAAGGUUCUGACCAAUAGUGGAUGAAUAUGGUGGAACAGAAGAAAUUUGAUCGACAUCCACAAGCUAUCUAUAAAGGUGUUUUAUUACAUCUGGAAUGUAAAAUGUAUACAGUCACAUUUUUAAGUGUUUGUUCUUAUUUUUGAAGAAUACUUUAAAGAGAUGAAGGAAACCUUCCUCGUUUAUUGAUUGAAAUGAGGUUCUGCUGAACUCUAUGAUAUUUGUCCAAUCAUCAGGAUGGAGGACAAGCUGGAAAAGAGUUCUGAUCCAAACCAUGAUGUUUCUGUUUCUUUUCUAAAAGAUGGUUUAUUGACCCAACAUGAAGCACGUUUUUAUUCCAAAAUCAAUAGAGAAGAAAAGAUGACCCGGCCUAAAUGUUUAAUGUUGGUCAUUUUUAUCUGUUUCUUGUUGAUAUUUCCUACGGUUCUGUAAAUACUGUACAGCGUUCCGUUCUCUAGUCGGCAGUUGCUCUUCUGUACAUGAAAUUUCUGUAUUUGACAAAAGGAAGUAAAACAGCUUAAAAUGACAUGAAA